AAUACUCAAAUCAAAUUAUCAUUGCAUUUAUAUUCGCUCUUUUCUCUGGAGAUAUUCUCUUCCAAGUUAAUAAUGUCCUGCAAAAGCAGGAACAUCCUAUGUUUAGUUUGUUUCUCAACAUUUCUGUUGUUUUAUGGGGCUGUUUCAGUAGACUAUGGAACAGCACUUACCAAGUCCUUGUUGUAUUACUAGGCUCAGCGCUCUGGAAAGUUGCCUUCCAACCAGAGAGUUAAAUGGCGUGGUGAUUCUGCACUUAAUGAUGGCAGUGAUGCCAACAUUGAUCUCACGGGAGGAUGUUAUGAUGGGGGGGACAAUAUGAAGUUUGGAUUUCCCAAGGCAUUCACCAUAACAAUGCUUGCCUGGAGCGCCAUUGAUUUUAAUUCGGAACUUACAGCCAUGAAGGCCAUAACCAAUGCAUUGAGUGCCAUCAAAUGGGGCACAGAUUACUUGCUCAAAGCGCAUCCAGAGCCAGACGUCCUUUAUGGAGAAUUGGGUGAUGGAGACACAGACCAUGUCCGUUGGAUGAGACCAGAGGACAUGACCACACCGCGAACCAGCUUUAAGAUUGAUGACAAGCACCCUGGGUCUGAUCUUGCAGCAGAAACUGCUGCUGCUUUGGCUGCCGCAUUCAUUACUUUUAGGGCCAGCGACACUUCGUACUCUAACCAGCUUCUAGAACAUUAUAAACAGCUCUUUGAUUUCGCCCGCAAUUAUCAAGGUGUAUAUCAAAGCAGCAUCCCUGUGGCAGGAAAAUUCUACUCCAGCAGUGGUUAUGGGGAUGAACUUUUGUGGGCCGCGGCGUGGCUUCAUCGUGCAACCAAUGAACAAUCAUACCUGGAUUUUCUUAGUGGAACAGGAAAUACAGGGAGCACCAGAACCAAGUUCUCCUGGGAUGACAAGUAUGUUGGCGCACAGGUCUUGGCUGCCAAGCUAGUGUUGAAAGGCAAUGCGGGCAUUAAUUCAGAAAGAAUGGCUGAAUUCAAGAGCCAGACAGAGCAGUUCUUUUGUUCCUGCGCUCAAAAGGGCAACAACAAAGUGAUGAAAUCACCUGGGGGUUUGUUAUGGUUUCAACCAUGGAAUAAUCUCCAAUACACCACAACGGCUGCAUUUAUUGCCAUCGUCUAUUCAAAAUAUCUCUCUCAUUCCAAGGCCUCUAUCCAAUGUCCUGGAGGCGCCCUUGAGCCCUCUGACCUUGUUGAUCUUGCAAGAUAUCAGGUAUGGUUUUUGUUUAUUUUUUCAAAAUUUCUUUUGCCUACCGAAGGUUAGUACGCGGUUGAAUUUAUACUGUUUAUAUGUAGUGUACGUGGACUAUAUCUUGGGUUCAAACCCAAAGAAAAUGAGCUACAUUGUUGGAUUUGGGUCAAGCUAUCCUACCCAAGUCCGUCACAGAGGAGCAACCAUGGUAUCAA